AUGGCUCUCUGUGAGGCGUUCCAGAGCAGGCUGGCCUCGGUGCUGGAGCAGCUCGCCCAGGAGGCCGUGCUGGAGAUCAGCCGGCUGUGGGAGGACGGCGUCGCCCUGGUGCAGGUCGAGCUGCGCCGCAGACAGAGCGAGAUCGAAGCCCUGAACACGAAGCUGAUGCUGAUGGAAAACGAGCGACUGACUGUGUUGAGUCAGACCACACAUAUGUCCUCCUCCUCUUCCUCCUCAUCAUCAUCAGCAUCUUCUUCUUCUUCUUCCUCCAGGAGAGAGCAGCACAACAAACUGCUGCUGCCCACAGGUGAAGGGCCUAUUGCAGAUUCAGUCCAGGCCUUGUGUCCUGAUCCGGUUGUCAGAGAGAAUCACACUCCUCCUCCUCCUCCUCCACCUGCACCACCUGCUCAGACGGAGGAGAUGCAGUGUGAGCAGCCCCGGCCUUACCUCUGUCAAAGGGACGACAUGGACGACAUGGACGACGAGGAUUUAAUGGUCAAGCUGGAGGACGAGGACGAUGUCCAGAUUGUGGAACAGAUAGAGGACUCUGAUCACAGCGUUAGCGACGGAGCCGGUCACCAGGAGACGGAUCCUAACCCCCAACCUGCCGAGGUCCUGGAGGAGCCGGAGAACCAGCCGUGGACGUCCGUGACGGUGGCCGACAGCGACUCUGCCGAGGACUCGGACUGCCUCUUCGAACCCAAGCAGCUCUCGCAAAACCUGGACUCGGAACUCCUACUCAUUCAGAAUGCCUUGGACAUCUUUGAUAACUCGGCAGAGACGGCGUAUUCGGACAGGUUCCUGAGGGACAACGGACAAGGUGCAUCGAGCAAAUCCAGGACUCCUCUGACUUUCAGCCAACCUCCGCUCAGUCAACCUCGAGAAGCCAUAAAUCUCCCGGAAAGAGGAGUGUCCAUCAGAUUCCUCUCAGAGAAACAACAACAGACUAAACACGUGUCGGGUUUUAACUCUGACAGCCGCUUGUUCCUCUUGAAUGACCCCGAGUUCCAUAAAACUAUGGCGAGUCGCCGCAUUAAGGAGAAAUGGUUCAUCUGCCCAUUCUGCGGAAAGAGCUUCGACCGUAUCAGCCACCUGGAGAUUCACCAGCGGAUUCACACGGGGGAGAAACCCUACACGUGUGAUAUAUGUGGCAAGUGCUUUUCCCAGAGGAGCAACCUUCGCACUCAUCAGCGGACUCACAAAGAAACUUUAUCCCAAAACGCAAUUUGAUUCGAGAAUGACCUCUGUGACGUUUCUGUUUAGAUGAAUUAACAAAUUAUCUUUUAUAUUUUGAUAUUACUGAACGGUAAUGUAGCUGACUGAUAUGACUGUGCACUCACUUUAAACAAAAGAAAGUUGUAACCUAGCUUUGUUAUUUUUAAACCCAAGUGAGAAAUCAGAUUUAUAAAAAACACGCAGGGGACUCCAGCUGAGCAUUUUGACUUCUUAAAGGUCCAGUGUGGAGGACUUCAGGAGCUCUACCUGCAGAUAUAAACUUUAAUAUUUAUAAGGUUUGCCUUAAUAUAUAAGCAUCUGAAACUAUUGCUGUGUUUUGGGUAUUGUGUAUAUAUAUAUACAUAUAUAAGGAGUGGGUGUGCUGUGUUGCUUUGCCAUCUUUCUAUCAAUCGCUGGCUAUUGAGAGGACCUUUAUUUUUCUUGAAGGCCACCGUAGUUUCUCCUACAAGCCGGGAAAGGGAGCGUUAGACAAAGUGUGUUGAACUGGUUGCAGUCUGAAUCAUUAGAUGCCACUAAGUCCUACACACAGACCAUUUUAACGCUAUAGAAAAUGAUACAAUUUGUUAUUUAAUAUCUGGCCGAUUUGAAAUGAGUCACUGUGGCUCAGAAAACUGUU